AUGAUAUGGGCCGCUGUUGUCAUCGGCAAGGAUGGGAACUAUGAAAUUACUCAAGGAAAGGUCAUUGGGCUCUUCAUUGGCUUACUCAUCUUCCAUGGUAUCCUGUCACCGGUAGUCACUGUCAUCAUCAUCCUUCUCGCCAUGACAGGUCACGAAAACAUGCAUCCAGCCAGUUACGUCUUUGGCUCUGCAGUGCUUGUGAACCAAACUGGAGGCUGGAAUACCGGAUUAGUGUUCCUGUUUGGACUGUUGAGUGUACAAUGGACAAUGACGUGGGUCUUCAAACUCACUAAUGUUGCGUCUUUUGGCUUGAGAAUACACGAUUAG